AUGGCCAGCUCCGAGCACGCGCUCGAGGCUCUACCUCCUGGCUCUACCGACCCCUCUGCAAACCCACAUCGCCCACGCUUCUCCUGGUCCGUCUUCUGGUCGUACACUGGCCCCGGUUGGCUCAUGAUGGCCUACACACGCUACCAAUUGCUCUACGUUGUUCUACUCAGCACCAUGUUCGGAGGCCUCUACCAGAUCUUAGCUGCCAGAUUGGGGGCCUGUACCGGUCGUCACUUGGCUCAAUUAUGUCGCUCCGAGUAUCCACCACUCGUCUCUUUCGGACUCUGGAUCAUGACGGAGCUUGCCAUCAUCGGCAGCGACAUCCAGGAGGUACUGGGAUCGGCUGUAGCCUUCAAGCUUCUAUUUGGGUUACCUCUAUGGCUCGGUUGUCUGCUUACAGGACUCGAUACCUUCACCUUCCUGGCCCUACACCGAGCGGGAGACUCCAAAACUCGAUAUCUCGAGAUGUUCUUCUUGCUGCUCAUCGCCACCAUGUGCGUCUGCUUCUUUGCCGACUUCAGCAUGAGUGAUCCUGACGGAAUAGAGAUAAUAAAUGGGAUAGUGGAACCCAGAAUGGACAAACAGAACACCAUGCAGGCGGUAGCGAUGCUGGGGGCCAUCAUCAUGCCACAUAAUAUUUUUCUUCACUCAGCAUUGGUCCAAGAGAGGCAAAUUAAUAGGAGAUCUCCUACAAAAGUAAAGGAAGCCAACUACUAUUUCGGAUUGGAAGCAGUCAUGGCGCUGUUCGUCAGCUUCUUAAUCAACGCGGCGGUGGUUUGUGCCUUUGCCAGCAGCUUCUUCAGCAGCCAGUGUUAUGCGCUGAGUAGUAAUCCUAUUUCGAGUUUGUAUGGGAGAGAUAUCCAGACGUCGUGUAUUCCAGCAAAGGCAGCGUUGAGCUCGGGGAGUACGAUUUACGAUGCUUUUACGGGCAAUAUCUGUGUCUUUGGUGGCGAGAGUGUGUUUAAUGAGGAUAUGACCGCGGACAUUAUCAACACGGUGACAAAAUGCACACCGUGUUACGUGGAUGGACGUGGAGAUAGGUUUGAUACGGUAUCGUUUGGGUCGGGGCCGACAGCUGGAUAUUGCCAAGAGAUUGGUCUAGCACAGGCUGGCGAGGCAGUACGUGAAGCACUUGGUGGGUAUGCUAAGGUAGUGUGGGCCAUUGGCUUACUUGUAUCAGGUCAGGCCUCGACCAUGACAGGUACUUACGCUGGUCAGUUCGUCAUGGAGGGAUUUUUGGAUAUCCGGAUUGCAGCUUGGAAGCGUGUGGCGCUUACGCGAGGAGUGGCAUUGAUCCCAGCGAUUCUCGUGGCGCUUAUCAGUCAAGAUCGACAAUUCCAGAGCGACCGCUUUAACGAGCUCCUUAAUGUACUCCAGAGUGUUCAGUUGCUUUUCGCACUUCUGCCGUUGCUCGCAUUUACCACAAGCACGAGGCUGAUGGGGCCACUUUUUGUAAAUAAUAGGUGGAUUGGAGCUCUACUCGUCGUGGGCACGGCGUUGCUUUGUGGCGUGAAUUACACGCUCGUCUACGAUAUUCUCAUCAAGAACCUCCCGGAAAAGUUAUCAACGGCAGCUUGGAUUGGUCUGGUCGUCGUGGCUGGGUUAUAUAUGACGCUGCUGCUGUACUUGCUGCUAGUGUACCCGUCCGAAACACAGGUUUCAUAG